GUCGCCUGGACGGGGCAGAGGAUGGUGUUGAUGUUUCCGUGCAGGCAGCUACAGCACCCAUAAGAUUUCUCUGAGAUGUGGAGGGCCGCGUAAAAGAACAGGUUUUGUUUCUGGGGACGGAGAGCUGUGACGUAGCCAGAGAGUUAAACGACUGUGCGUAAUGUUAGCUGGCUUAUGAAUGUCAUGGACACCGGUCAAUGGAGGCUCAGAUUGUUUGCAGGCGUGUGAAGCAGUUGACUCUGAGGAGGCAGCGGAGGCACCAGAAACUGCUGAGUGUCUGAUCCCGCUGGUCAACUCAUGAUGAACUUCCAGCCGUCUGCACCCAACCAGCAGCCUGCAGCGGUCAACCAGACUCCCACUGGUAGAAGAUCGAGAGUCAAAGUGAAGAAAUCGACUCCAAGUUCCUGGGCAGAGGAGGGCCAGGGAAGGAGAAGUGCUGGCGGACACAAGCGCUCAGCGUCGUGGGGAAGUGCAGAACACCUGAGGGAGGUGGCCAAGCUGAGGCAUCAGUUGCAGAAGCGCUCUCGCCAUGCCCCUCCCUCAGCUGCGGGGCACGGGCUCCCCCACCACCCCUUGCCAGCAGGUCAUGCGGCAGGCGUCGCUCAGGCAACACCCCUGAUGCCACUGAACAGACUCGCCCCACGACUGAGAUGCAGCGUCGAAGGUCUUAACCUGGAGCUGGAAGACGUGUUUGGGUCUGAGAAACCAGAUGAUCAACUUGAGGUUUUGGAUAUCCCAGACGGCCACAGGGCUCCUGUCCCUGCCCAGAGGUGCAGCAGUGGCUCUCAGAGCGAGCCCUCCCCUGGGCCCCUGGACCCUUCCCUCCUGUCUCCCUGUCAGUCACCCUGUCCUCUCGAUCCAUCUCUUCUCUCGCCUUCAAACUCCCCUCGUACCUUGAACCCGUUGCUUUUGUCACCCUCCCAGUCUCCCUGUCCCAUUGGAGAGCCAGAGCCGGUGGACUGUGAGACCCUGUGUCCCUCUCCAUCUUCACUGCUUCCUUCAUUUGCACUGGAUCCUCCUCAGCUGCAGCCCUGCUCCUCUUCCCCUCAGCCCAGUAAAACCUACUCCUUCCAGCGCGAGCCACCUGAGGGCUGUGAGCGGGUUCGAGUGUGCGAAGAGGCAAUGUCUGCUUGUCAGGAUGAGCCUCUCCUCCAGCCGUCCUGCCCCGACCCCAACAAGGUGAACUUUACUCCCCACGGAGGCUCUGCUUUCUGCCCCGUCAGUCUCUUGAAGCCCCUCCUGCCCUCCAUGGACCUCCUCUUCCGGGGCUUGUCGGUGUCUCCUGUCACCGGCUGCCCGGGACAAGCGUCUCCUACCAGGCACCUCGGCAUGCAGUAGGUGGACUCCUGAGGAGAUCAUCUCAGGACUAAAGCACACUAUACAGCAGGGACCUGGGGAAACUGGAUGUGUUCUACAUGCCAGCAGAUGCCUGCACUCACUUGGCUCAUCAGUGGUGUUACAGGGCACGAUCACCGUGAUCAAUAGAAGAGACGUUGAGACUGUUAUGGUCAUACUUCAGACUCACUUUGGCCUGAAAAUCAGGAUGUUUGGAUUCAGCUGAUAUUUACUUCAUAGGCACUUGAUUUGUUUUGUAAAAUAGUCUUUCCCUAUGUGGGCUGAGACUACAGGCCUUCAGCUCUGGAAAUGUUGGCAAAUGCUAAAAACAUUUCAAGGAUCACUUAGGCUUUUCCCUUUUGGAUUUUUAGUUAUAUGCAAACAGCUCAGACAAAGACUACAGUCUGCUGGGAUGAUUUUUAAUAUCAACACGAGUGAAUUCAGAGACAAAAGCCAAGCAUUUAGCUCACGUGUUGACAUGAGUAUUACUUCCUUACUAUCCUUUACUGUCGAUUAAUACCUCUGUAAAGCAUAGUUAAGUUGAGGUGUUCAUAUUUGAAAAACAAAAUACUUGAUGGGUUUACUCCUUGAGUUUUAUAAGUCUUUGGCCUAUAGUUUACAACAGCCUACUUUUCUACAAAUGUAUUUCUAGCAAGAUUUAUAUUUUUGUAUCUUUGUAAUGAACUUAUGAGGCUGGUGAUUCUGUUUUUCUAUUCAAUAAGGAAACUGACUUGUGUAGUUUGGUGGUUUAUAAGCAGGGAUGGGUGUUUUAAGAGCUUUACUCAGAGAUGUUCUGAUACCAUUUUUUUUUCUUGCUAAUGCCAAUUCUGAUACCCGGACAUUGUGUAUCAGCCGAUACAGAAUACAAAUCUGAUAACAGUGCAUUUAGUAGAAUAAAAAAUUAUGAUAUGUACUUGAAACUGAAGUCUUGCAUGUGGUACAUGUCUUGUGGGACUGUGCAGUGUGAAAUAUUGCCAAAUUGUUGACAUUUCAGCUGGCUCUGACAAAUGCUACGUUAAACAAUACUUGCCAGUGGCAGUACAGCAAAUACUGUUUUUGAGUGGUGAAGAAAAAGUGAUUUUCAGGAAAAGAAAAUUGCAGUUUAAGCUGGAAUGAACUGAUAUACUUUUAACAUGUGGUAUUGGGUCUGUACUUAGGUUUGCGCACUAGUAUCUGAGACAUUUCUGAUGCUGGAACAUCUCUAGCUUUACUUGCUUACAGCGGGCAUUGUUCUUACCAAACUGUUGCAACCUCUUUAAUAUUCUGAGUGGGUGACACUGAUGUUUUGAUCAGUCUCAGUGGUUAAAUACUGUUUGAUAUAUGUUCAAAUAGAUAAGACACUGUCUUUGUCAGCAUCGUCCCAUGCAACAUUGAUUAUUAAAACCAAACCUACAGUAAAAAUAACCUGGUGCGAAUUAACUAUUUGUAUUAUUAUUCAGCUCUGAGUUUUCUCAGACUUGAUUAUUGCACCCUUUCUCUUACCCUUUUCAGGGUGAUACCAGAUCAGAUGUUUUGGUGUGCUUUGGCUUUUUUUUAAUAAAAUAAAAUUCAUUCA